AUAUAAGUUUACUCUUGCAGAGAUUAAAGAUUGGCUAAACAAACAGGCUAUACAUCAGUUAAAUUUCAAGACUCUGCAGAUGAUUGUUCAUCUAUCCUCAUUUAGGCCGAUUCAAAGCAGAAAUCAUCAGCUUGGAAGAAUUUACUAA